AUGAGAAGUAGUGGAGGAAGUAGUAGUUCAAGUAGAUCAAGAAGAGUGGUUAGUGGAAUUAUCACACCAGAUCAUGUACCUUCUGUUUGCUUUGUGAAUCCAACAGAACACAAAGGUCACGAGAAAUUCUUUCUUGAUAUUAAGGCUGGCGAGUUUCUUUUGCUUACGGGUCCACGAGCAUCCGGCAAGGCAACGCGAGCAUGUUGGUUUAUGCAACAGUUAUUUGACGAAAAAUAUCUUAGUUUCUACAAACAGCAGGUGCAUACUCUCUUCAAAGAGUUUGAGGAGAUGGAAAAUAUCCAAAUAGAUGACGAAAUUGUAGAUGAUACUUACAUAAAAACAAGCGGAACUAAACGGAACCCACCUAAAAUAUGGCACGUGGCAUCGUUUCAGAGUCUUAAAAUAGGGAAUGUAAUUUUAGAUUAUCAAACAUUUAUAAGGAUGAAGGACGCCCUCUUAAAAGAAAGUGCUAGACGUGCUAUGAAAUUCUUUCGAACUUAUUUCCUGGCAAAUUCCGAUCCUAUAGUUGUUAAUAACACUGAUUUGGCUCAGUUUCUCACAGCCGAAGGAGCUCUGUUGACUAAUAAAGAAGCUGGAUCAUUCAAGAUUUCCUCACCUCUC